AUGGCACAGCAUGAAGCCUGCAAUCACGGGCACCUGAAGGUGGUGGAAUUGCUGCUCCAGCACAAGGCAUUGGUGAAUACCACUGGGUAUCAGAACGACUCACCUCUUCAUGACGCAGUGAAGAAUGGGCAUGUGGACAUUGUCAAGCUGCUACUCGCCUAUGGAGCCUCCAGGGAGGCAGUCAACAUAUUUGGUCUGCGGCCUGUGGAUUAUGCAGACAGUAAAAAUAUGAAAUCGCUGUUGCUGCUACCGGAGAAGAAGGAAUCAUCAUCAACCAGCCAUUGCUCAGUAGUAAACACUGGUCAGCGUCGGGAUGGGCCUCUUGCACUUAUAGGCAGCGGACUUUCUUCUGAACAGCAGAAAAUGCUCAGUGAGCUUGCAGCGAUUCUUAAGGCUAAAAAAUGUGCUGAGUUUGACAGUACAGUAACUCAUGUCAUUGUUCCUGGUGAUACAGUUCAAAACACCCUGAAAUGUAUGCUUGGAAUUCUCAGUGGAUGCUGGAUCCUAAAAUUUGAAUGGGUGAAAGCAUGUCUGCAAAGCAAAGGAUAUGAACAGGAAGAAAAGUAUGAAAUUCCCGAAGGACCACAGAAAAGCAGGCUCAACAGAGAACAGCUGUUGCCAAAGCUGUUUGAUGGAUGUUACUUCUAUUUUGGGGGAACCUUCAAACACCAUCCAAAGGACAACCUAAUUAAGCUUGUCGCUGCCGGUGGGGGCCAGAUCCUCAUUAGAAAGCCCAAGCCAGACAGUGAUGUGACUCAAACCAUCAAUACAGUCGCAUACCAUGCCAAACCUGAUUCUGAUCAGCACUUCUGCACACAGUAUAUCAUCUAUGAGGACUUGUCUAAUCAUCGCCCAGAAAGGGUUCGGCAGGGCAAAGUCUGGAUGGCUACUUCCAGCUGGUUUAUAGAUUGUGUGAUGUCCUUUGAGUUGCUGCCUCUUGACAACUGAACUUGCACAGUGUGAUAACCUAGUGAUUGCACUGUUUUCAUCAGUCACAUUUUUACAAAUAGAUAGACUCAUUCAUAUACUUUUUACCCUUGAAUUAAAAAAUAUAUAUAUAUUGUUUGCCAGAUUAGGAAUUCAUUCUGUAUUUACCAUUUAGAUGCUGAGUGCUGAGAUUGCUUUAAAGAAUUUUUCUUUUUAAAACUAGCAUGUGUGUUGAUUCAUCAUGUCUUUCUAUUCACGUGUGCUCAGAUGCUCAGUCAUGUCCUACUCUUUGCAACCCCAUGGACUGUGCCCAUCAGGCUCCUUUGU